AUGGAAAUCAAUCCGGGAGAAUGGGGAUGGAUCAAACAGGAAAUUGUGGAAAAUUUGUUCAAUAUGUGCACUAGCAGCAAAGCCUAUUAUAGCCCGAAACUUUUAUCUCGAACGCAAGUAAAAGAUCAUUUCAGCCAUUUUUCUUGGACUAAGCCACUUAAAUCUAAAAGAGUUGUAGAAGUUAUGGAUUAUUUAUUUGACCUAUUUCAUUCUUUGGGUUCAUCUUCAACUAUAUUCCAAUCAGAUAAUAGCAAAGAAUUCUUUGCAUCACAUCCACAGUUUCAAGGUUUAGUAGAGCAUGCUAAUGGCAUUCUUCAACAAAAGCUAGGCAAAUGGAGGGAGGAUACAGGACGUAAUAAUGAUAACAUUGGAAACACUAAGACUCCAAAUAGAUUAUUUGAUGACGUUACAAUCCAACUUGCAGAUAUUACUGAUAUUGGACAUGACAUUCUUCGUCAAUUCAGCUCGCCAAUUUCUUGA